AUGGGAGAGUGCCACAACCAGCUACAAAGGGAGCAGUGUUGGAAAGCAGUGGUGCAAGAUGCUAGGUGGAGGUAUGACAUCAGCUACAUUGCACGUGGCAAGGAUGACUGCGUUGGCUCCGGAGCUUUUGGCCAAGUUCGCCCGUGUGUGGAGUUGAGUAGCCGAGCCGAUCGAUGCGUGAAGAGUAUCGUGAAGGAGACGUGGUGGACACGGCCUGCUGUUGUACAGGAAAUCGAGCUGCUGGAGAUGGUCUCCGGGAAGCACCCGAACAUCGUCGAGUAUUACGAGUGCUUCGAGGAGAUCAGCGUCAUCCACUUGGUUCUCGAGUAUUGCUCGAAGGGCAAUCUCAGCAAUGUCAUCCUGUCCAAGAGGUUCAAAGAAGGCGGCGAGACCUUGACAGCCAAGAUCUCCUACCAGAUUGCAGGGGCUUUGCAGUUCCUGAGAGACCUGCAAAUUGUCCAUCGAGACGUAAAGCCGUCGAAUCUGGUGUUCGCAGAGGACGAGGUUGUAAAGCUGACCGACUUCGGCUGCGCUUGCUUGGCGGAUGAUGCUGUGCAGGACCUCACUGACAUCAAGGGCACUCCGAUUUUCUUUUCUCCUGAGAUACAUCAGCUGCCACGAGGUCGGGGCUAUUCAUUCCCUGCCGACAUGUGGGCGUUGGGAAUCUGCAUCUAUAUGAUGUUGUGCAAAGGUGCGCAUCCUUUCAUGAAGGAAGGCAGCGCCUUGAGAACACGUGACCACCACACCGGUGUUUUUGAUGUCGACUGGUUCACGAGUUGGUCCGCGAGAGACGCCCUGCAGUGGGCAUUAAUGCCUCAUCCUGGCCAGCGUAUCCAACCAAACGAGUUGAUGGAGCACAAGUGGCCCCAUGCCAGCAUGAUGGUCAGGUCAUGUAAACUUGUGUGUAUAUACAUACAUACAUACAUACAUACAUACAUACAGACAUACAGACAUACAGACAUACAGACAUACAGACAUACAGACAUACAGACAUACAUAUAUGUAUAUAUAUAUAUACACAUCAAUAUGUAUAGACAUGUAUAG